AUGAAGCUGCUCGUGCUGGCUGCCUUGCUCACAGUGACUGCCGCAGGGGGCAGAUCCGACAUGAGGGCGCUGUGGCAGUUCCGCAAGAUGAUCAAGUGCGUGGUCUCGGACAGCUGGCCUCUGCUGGACUUUAACGACUACGGCUGCUACUGUGGCCUGGGCGGAUACGGCACCCCCGUGGACGAGCUGGACAGGUGCUGCCAGACACAUGACAACUGCUACAGCCAGUCCAGGGAGUUGGCCAACUGCAGAUACAUCCUGGACAACCCCUACACCGAGAUGUACUCAUACUCGUGCAAAAAUGGGGAGAUCACCUGCAGCAGCAAGAACAAUCCCUGCGAGGAUUUCAUCUGCAACUGUGACCGCACUGCCGCCAUGUGCUUUGCCAAUGCCCCAUACAACAAGGAGUACAAGAACCUGGACAAAAAGAAGUUCUGCAAGGAAUGA